CCCACUGCCUAGUAACUGCCAGCUGACACCACCACCACCACCACCACUGCAGCUCUGAGUCAGAAAGCUAAGGCAGCCUACGGAGAUACGUGUAGUUUGUAUAGUAAUCGAGUCUGAUAGUGUCAUUCAUGUAAACAAGUAAACAAGUCGGAUAGUGAUAACAUGCUCGUGAUAGUAUACUUAAUUCAUUUGUUUACUUCUCGUUUUUAGUGUUAGUUUUGUUGGUGGUGGAUGAAGGUGUAUAGGUAUUAUGCGGUUUUUUUUUUUUUUUUUCCUUUAACUGAUGAUGAUGGUAGUGGUAAUGAUGGCGAUGACGAUGAUGGUGAUGGUAAGAAAUGUAAGAGAACGAAGGAAAAAAUAAUAGUAAAAGAAAGCAUUAAAGUUAUUCAGAGGUGAGAUAAAAUGACGACAUGGUAACAACUCUCUCGUCCAACUUUACUUCAAAACAUUUUACUUAUUUUCACAUCAUUACAUCGCAAAAGAAAAAAAAAACGGCUAGGAAAAAAAACAGUUAUCUCAUAGAAAACUGUAAUAUGAUCAUACAUUACGAGUCGCCAAUGAGAAAUACUCGCGGUCAUGUGAAGUGUUGGCCAGGUGGUACAGUACGUGUGGUGUAGGUGUGUGGCGUAUGGGGGGCAGCAUGAGUGAAAGGCUGGAACAUCUCUGCCACGGGAGACAGGUGAUCUCUGAUGGUUGAAUAUCAGCGAGGCGAAUCACUCACUCCGUUUCUCGUUAUCUUGUUGAUUGAUCAUUGAAUAACCAAAGGACAUUAAAAGCAGGAACAAAAAUAGAUAAAUAAGCUGAGGAAAGAUAACGAUAACAGUCUACAGGUUUAAGGACCAAGCAGAUGAAGGCCAAAGUAAAACGCAUUUCCUUACCAAGACGUGUCGUAGAUCAAAACUUAGUUUGAUUAGAAAUUGCAAGAGCUCAGUAGCAGCGCCCUUAAAGAGAAGUGGAUUGUUUAGAAAUAUAAUAAAAGUCAUCCGUCGCUCGUCAGAUCUAUGGGCAAAGUCUGUGAAAGAAAGCUCUACCUCUGUUCACGAACGCUCACGGAAGUCCCUCCUCCUGGGUGGAACACGUCAGGGGAUCGACGCUCUGUGGUCUGCUACUGAUUGGCUGGGCAACCACGCAGCAGGGAACACCUCAGAGCUGCCCUCGUUAUGGCGGCACCGGGCUUAUUUGAUCUGGAGUUGCAGGAGGAGGACGCCAUCGAGUGUGACCAGUCCGAUGACGACGCGAUUGAGGUGGAGGAGAGCCAGUAUGAACAAGGCCCAGAUAUGAAUGCAAUUCUCCAGGCGGAAGGAAUUGAGACUCUACAGUUGUCUGACAGCACAGUUAAUCCCGGCAGAGAGAAGGUCCGCCCCUCAGAUUUCCAGUUGUUGAAGGUUCUUGGCAAAGGUGGCUAUGGCAAAGUCUUUCAGGUUAGAAAAAUGACAGGUGGUAGAGGAGGUGGCAAGAUCUUUGCCAUGAAGGUCUUGAAAAAGGCCACUAUAGUACGUAACCAGAAAGACACGGCGCACACAAAGGCUGAGAGAAACAUUCUUGAAGCUGUCAAGCAUCCCUUCAUUGUGGAUCUAGUGUACGCCUUUCAAACGGGUGGCAAGCUGUACCUCAUCUUGGAGUACCUGUCAGGUGGAGAGCUUUUUAUGCACCUGGAGAGAGAAGGGAUAUUCAUGGAGGACACAGCUUGUUUUUACAUUUCUGAGAUCAUACUGGCUCUGGAACAUCUCCACUCCGAGGGCAUCAUCUACAGAGACUUGAAGCCAGAAAAUAUACUGCUGGACUCCUUUGGCCAUGUGAAACUUACAGACUUUGGAUUAUGCAAAGAAAAGAUUCAGGAUGACUCAGUGACUCACACUUUCUGUGGAACUAUUGAGUACAUGGCGCCGGAGAUCCUCACUCGUACCGGCCACGGGAAAGCAGUGGACUGGUGGUCUCUUGGAGCACUCAUGUAUGAUAUGUUGACGGGUGCGCCACCCUUUACAGCAGAAAAUCGAAAGAAGACAAUUGAGAAGAUUCUUAAGGGGAAGCUGAAUCUGCCACCUUACUUGACACCUGAUGCACGAGACCUCAUACGUAAACUGCUUAAGCGUCAGGUUAGCCAGCGAUUGGGCAGUGGACCAGACGACGGCGAGCCCAUCAAAAGACAUCUUUUCUUCAAGCACAUUAACUGGGAUGAAGUUAUCAACCGGAAGUUGGAUCCUCCAUUUAAACCAGUACUAAGCGGUGAAGAUGAUGUGAGCCAGUUUGACAGCAAAUUCACCAAACAGACACCAGUUGAUUCCCCUGAUGACCACAUGCUCAGUGAGAGUGCCAACAUGGUCUUUGAGGGUUUCACAUAUGUGGCACCAUCAGUGUUAGAGGAAAUGGCUCGGCCAAGUGUGGUGAAAGCACGCUCUCCACGCAAGCCAUUCACUCCUAAUUCCGGGGGACCUUUCUCCCCAAGAUCCAUCCAGAACCCUUUCAACUUCACUAAUGGUGCUGAUAGCUCUUCUUCAAUCCCACAUUAUGAGCAAAUGGAUACCAGCAACUCCACUCCUAUGUCAAAUAAUCAGCAGCAGCCCUCACAUAGCCACCACCAGCAAGACCGGAGGCUACAUCAGCAACAGCAGCAGCAACAGCAGCAACAACAACCCAUGUGGAAUUGGAAGCAUUAACAUUCUUGGAAUUAGGUGAAAAUUUUUAGUGGAUCCCUCUUUGCUGCUCAGUGUGUGUGAAUUAUAGACUUUGUGCUGAUAACUUGUGUGAGAAAAGCCCGACUAUCACAAAUAGAAAUGUGGCAUGAAAAGAGGAAUGAAUGUUAAUUUGGGGUUUGGUCUAUGCAAGUUGUUUAGUCACAGAUCUGUUGAUCAUUUCAGAAAAGGCUGCUCUAAUUAGGCUUUAUUUGGGUGACAAUGGCAUUUACAUUUUUUUGUGGUUGAAAUGACAAUUUUUACCAAACUGAGUUGCCAUUGUAAUCUCUAAUUACAGCUGAAGUGAAAGCCUUGAGUGGGAAAGAAAACAGCAUGUGAACUGUGAAUGUAUAAGUAUCAUUCAUGUACUGGGCCUUACAUAUACUCUUAAGAUAGCCUUAAUAUUUAAUCAUUUUGAUUGAUACAUGAGGCUAUUACAAGUUCCUCUUUAUGGACACAUGUAUAACACAUUGUUUGUCAUCAUAAUUCAGUAAUCUUUUGUGUGUUUACAUUUCAGGCCAUUCAUUUUAGUCUAUUGUGCUCUUGUCUUAUUUGCCAUGGAGCUCACUUCACUGUUUGUGAGGCUCAUUAGUGUUUAGCUGCCCUCACUGAGGCUGAGAAUUGGUAACUUGUAAAUAAUUGCUCACAUAACAUUGCCAAAAAAUAGUAAUGCAUAGAUUCUUGAAGAUAAUGAUGGAAAUUGUAGAAAUUUUUAAAAUUGUGUUUUCAGAGCUAAGUAAGCAAAUUUGAUUUCUUAAAGAGAGUUUUACACGAUUCACUUACAUAGAUAUUGAAAAUAGAUUGUUAGAUUGAUUAAAUUAUUUACCAUGCCAUGCAAUGGUAUUGAACAUAUACAUAUAUAUUACUAGUUGAAUAUAGCCAAAUGUUACAGUAGUAUAGGUCUAGUAUAAUGCCUUACAAGCAUGUAGCAGCUAACUGAAGCCCUGGCAGGAGGUGACAACUUACCUGAGUGUUGCUCGAGAACAGUUUGAUGGUUGACAACUAACCCCACAUUUCAUUACCUUAGUAUAGGAUUUGUUUUUGUGAUUGGUUUGUGAAUUAAUGUCAUGAAGUUAUAAUCAUUAUUAUUUAUUUUUUUUUUUUCACUUCUCACAUUAAGGUUAAUUUCCUUACAACUUGAUAUGAAUGCAUCACAAUGUAGUCAUGAUGCAAUGUAGGGAAAUACAUACUUUCCUCCAUAUUUUAUUGCAAUCACCCAUAACAUAUUGGGACUUAUUUAUUACAGAGCUGUGGAGAGUGUAGAUAAGUGUGUAUAUAGUGUAUGUGGUUGAUCCUCACCCAUUUAAUCAUUGAAAAUGUUUGCUGUGAUCAUGCUGGUAAUCCUGCAUCAUUUUACUGAGGCACAAGUUUCACAACCCAGUGUGGUGGUUUUAUUUGUGAAAUGUUAUAUUGCCUUCCUUUUUUCCCCUCUAAGAAAAAAAAAUCUUUUCCAAACACUAAAACUGAAUACUGAAUUUUAUUAUCAUAUUGACAAGUUUCCGUAUAACAAAUCUUUCUCCGUGUUAUGAAACGUGCAUAAUUUAUUAUGGGCUAAAUUUCUGCAAAACCUUAAUGUAAGUAAGAAAUCUUUUGUUUAGCCUAAAUUUUCUAGUUCUUUCAAAGAUGGUUGAUAUCAGUGUGAUGUGAUGGUGAUGUGUCUUAAGCCAUUAAUAGGUGGCCAACUCUUGGCUCGGUGGUAGGCCAUCUCAUGAAGAUCAAUAUUAUUCUUUUGUAAGAAGUUCUGCAACAUGAAAGAUAACUUUUCUAAACUCUUGUAUUUUCUUUUUCAUUUGUUUAUCUAUUAUUUAUUUAUAUAUUUAUUUAUUCUAUUUUAUUCUUUGCUACAUUUUAUGGAGUAACAGGUUACCUAUGCAAGAAUGUAGUGCAGUCUUGUAUAUACAUAAGAAUGCUUUCUUUGUUUGAAAAAUGACAUUGCAGAAUAAUUAAUUAAUCAUUGAAAGACACUUAACAUUGGUGCUCUGAUGUGUCGUCUUGAUAGCUUUGUUAUUAGAUACUUCAUCAUUCAAUUAACUUUUAUAGACUUGUUUUACUAAUGUUUUGCUUUCUAACUUGACUUCCUUUAACAUUUUAUACCGUAUUUACAAGUAUAACACCACAGUACUCUAGAGCCAACAUUCUUAAGAAGAAAUGUAACAUACAAUUAGGGUUCAGUAAUAACAACAUUUAUCUUCCUGCUGAAGGAUGAAAGUACAUUAACACUGUCCAUCAUGCCUUGUGUGGGGUGGAAUGCUGGAGGAGGUUAUGCUGUGAAACUUGGUAUUACUGACAAGUCUAACAAAAAAUAAGAGAUAUGUUUGUUUUUUUGUGGUAGAAUAUCCUUCCUGAUCCUAGGUAACCCAGUAAUGACUUAUUGCAGUACUACCAAGAAUAAAUGCAAAUGUAUAGCUUGUUAAAUGGCUAUGCCAGUAUUUUUGGACAGCCUGAAAGAUUAUUUAAUACAUUUAUAAAAAAAAAUGUUUAUGAUAAGAGGUGUUAUUCUCCAGUAUAUAUUUAUGUAUGUAUGUGUGUGUGUGUGUGUGUGUGUGUGUGUAUGUUUGUGUGUGUAUGUGCAUGCAUGUAGUGCAUGCUUGCAUGUACUGUUUAUUAGCUCAUCAAUUUCUAGAAAAUAAAAUAACUGAAGAAAAAUUCUGAUGCCAGCAGUUUGCCAAGAGACCUACACAUACACCCUCCCUCCCUCCUUUCCAAUGCCCCCUCCUUCAUCCUGCUCUCUCUCUCUCUCUCUCUCUCUCUCUCUCUCUCUCUCUCUCUCUCUCUCUCUCUCUCUCUCUCUCUCUCUCUCUCUCUCUCUCUCAUGUAUACCCUUGAGAUUGCUUUAAGCUGUCAACCUAAAAUUAGGACUCUGGAAAAAAAUUAAGAAUUGAAAAUGCAAAUAGGGUUAAUAUCUGAGGAAAUAUUCAGCUAUUGAUCUUUGGUUUUCAACAGUUAGUUUAAAAAUUUGUGAUACAAACUAGCAAAAAUUAGAAGAAUGGUGUGCAUAUUGUUUCAGAACUUCAAAACAUUUUCCUAUGUCAUUGAUUGCAUCUACUUACUGCAGAUAUUGCAGCAACAUCUUUCACCUUUAUAGUGUGUUUGGGUCACUGUAAGUCACCUAUAUCCAUCUUGGGUGAUCUCACUGACACUGCAGGUGUUUUUUGUCUCAGGUUGGCUGGCUGUCUUAGCAAAUAUACAAAGCAAAGAUACAUUUUCUACUCUAAAGAUACAUUGUACAUUAUUAUGUAGAGUAUCUGAAAGUGAAACACAUGUAGAUAGAUUUUGCAGUUUGUGCACUUGCAUGGCUGGGCUCUCCAAUAGAGCUUCCCAAUUUCUGUUUUGCUAAGAUUUUUUUAAAGCCAGUUAUAUAUAAAGAUUUAAAGUUAUCAUGGUCAACCUAGUAAUACUGUGGCUGAUUAUAAGUUGGUGUUGGAGUGACCUGAAAUUAACUUUUGGAAUUAUUAAAAAGCUUGUCAAUACAUAGAUCAGAAGCACCACUCCAUAUAACAUGUAUCAGAUCCUGCAGUGGCCCACAACACACUCAGUAAAAAGAGAGGAUAUAUUUCCCUAGCUACAUUUGUAGGCAUGAUGCAGGUAUAUUACAGUAAUGUAAUGGUGAUUCUUAGUUGACUAAUGCUCACUGGGGAGGGGGUGGUUGGCAUUAGAUGGGAGAAAUGGUGUGGUGUUGCCAAUCAUGCUGACUGCUUUGUUUUAUUCUGCAUUCUGUAUAGAAUAGCUCUUUGUACUUUGUCAUGUUAUUUAUUUGCUUGUUAUUAUUGAUUUACAUUUUACUACCCAUUGCUAAUCUAAUGCACAAAAGUUUGAAGCUCCAUCUGAGCUAUAGACUAUAGCUAUAGUUCUGUACAGUUCAUUGUUCACUGUGUGGUCAUCACUAAAUCAUGGAAACAGAUGUUUUCUGUAAUAUUUGCAAUUUGCUGUUGACCAUGUGUAUGUACAUACAUGUUUUGUACUCCCCUGUUUGGAGACAAGUAAAGCAUGCUAGGUGAUGUGGAAGGAAGAUUUGAGUCAUUUUCAUACUCUCUCGCUCAGAGACUUCCACUCACUUUUACUGCACUGAUUUUGGACAGUGAAGUCUCCAGGAUUCAGUAAGACAUAUAUAAUGUUUAAAGGACAGUAACAACUUUAUUCUGUAUUUAGUAUAACUUCUCAGAUGUAAAAAGGAUGGUAUAUUCAAGUAGUAUCAUGAACAUAUGACAUCUUUUCCAGAAAGUAAAGUUACAAGAUUUUUUGCUUGACUUGCUGUCUUGUAUUCUUGAAAGAGUCAGAUAUCAGGUAUCCAGAUACAGUAAGUAUAUUUAGUAUUUGGAUAGAUCAAGUCUGUAUAGCAUUUUUAUUGUAUUACAGUGUUGCAUUUAAGAAAACAAUUGAAAAUGAUUCCUUCCUAUGUCAAAAUUGUGAUGGACACACACCACAUGAGUGAUACUUCUUUCUAGUAAAGCUUGUAUUCCCACUCACUCAAUACCAAUGAGAAUAAAGACAAAUACAAGCAGUAGGUAUGUAGUAAGUUUCAGUUAGAAUCAGUCAUUGCUUUUCAUGUUAGUGUAAGUUUAUUUGCCUUUUAACUGCUGACUUUUGCAUGAAGUCAAAACAAAUGGUAUAUAUAUAUAUAUAUAUAUAUAUAUAUAUAUAUAUAUAUAUAUAUAUAUAUAUAUAUAUAUAUAUAUAUAUAUAUAUAUAUUGUAUGCAUCAAAAAUGUAUAAAUCUGGAUGAUACUAAUAAAGGUGUAACUUUUAGCAAAGAAAUUUUCAAAUGUAAUUGUAGAGAAUCCAUUUGUAUCAGUAGUUCAUGAUUUGAAGGAGUAACAGUUCUUUGAAAGGCAAGUAUACUGCGACACAUUAGCCUGCUAGAGCAUAUACUGCAGUGAUUUUCAUACUGUGUUUAUAUGUGCAUUUUAUUUUUGUUUUUCCUCUGAGUUGCGGCUUGGUCAUCAUAUAUAUGCCAUACUUUGGUCUUGUUGAUGGUGGUGAUCACUUAAAUUGAAUGGUAUUCCUCUGUAUUAUGAUAUAGUAAUGUUCUUUACAUUAGUAGAGGUUGCUAACACUUUCAGAUAAAAUGUAUUUCCAUAAAAUGCUACAUACAUAUGUGAAUGAUUGUCAUAGAGUAUGAGUAUAUCCUAAGUUCUUAUGGAGACCUGGAGCAUAUGAAUACAUUAUGAUGUGACAUGAUAUUGUACAUAGUUACAUGCAAGUAUGUGAUCAUCAGUCUUUAAAAAUGAUAAUCAGUACUACAGUGAUUGUUGUUCAUUGCUACAGGGUUGGCUAAGUAUUUGUAAUGGUAGGAUUUGUUGGUUCAUAGGAAGGACUCUGAACAAGUCCCUUUUUUCCUUACAUCAAACGGUUGUGCCUUUCUGGGAACUAGUAUGUGUGUGUGUGUGUGUGUGUGUGUGUGUGUGUGUGUGUGUGUGUGUGUGUGUGUGUGUGUCACACUUUGUUUGCAUAUAUGCAUGUAAUUUUUAUUCUUGUUUGUAUUUCAUUGAAAGCAAUAUUCAGAUAAUUUUUAUUCAUUUAUUGUAAUACAUCAGUGUACAUUGCAGCUCAUACUCCUCUAUUAGCAUAUAUAAUACAGACAGUAACAUAUGCACAGCCACUUUUUUUGUUGUAAUGAGUCAACUCAGCACUAAUUGGUAAUGAUGAUUGCUUUUAUGACAAUAUCAAACAGCAUCUUAAUUCCACAGAGUACUCAAGGAAAUUGUGCCUCCCUCUCUUUGUGUUGCAUCAUUCUAUGACAGUUUUGAACUGCUUUAUUAGAUAACUGUGAUGAAAUAUGCAUGAAUAAGAUAAGUUAAAAGAAUAAUAAGAUAAAUAUUGUGGAAAGCCUUACAUACUUGUAAAUGUCUGGUCUUUGCUGUUAGCUUGCAAAUAUAGUUCCCAACCCAAGCUUCAUUAACUUUAUAAAAUAAAUCUUAUAACAUCAGUCAGAAGCAUGUAAUCUAGCCCAGAAUAUGAUAAAGAUCUAGGAGGUUUUUUAGAUAGAACCAGUCCAGUGGAGUGAUGAAUUAGCUUUAGUAUCAGGCAGAAGCAUAUUAUCUAAGUCAUACUUCAAAAAUUAAGUUGAUGGUAUUAUUGAUUGAAUUAAGGGAGUUUGUGAUUUGUAGAGCUGCCACUUAGCCACAGUUUGCCUCAGCAGUCUUGAAUGAAGGCAGGGAGGGAGCAUAAGACAGAAGCAUCAUGAAAAGUAGCCAGAUGUUAUUUUUUGUUCAUGACAUUGUGGUAUAUGUAUUUGCAACUUCUAGAUUGUGCUGUAUUUAAAAACAAAAAUGUAUGUUAUGUAUAUGAAUACAAUAAGGGACGUGAGCUGUGUAUCAUAGCCCUGCUGCUCUCAUUGUGAUGCCUGUCACCACUGUCACAACUCAGACACAGCGAACCUCUUACUAAUGCUGAUGAGGAAUACCUAUUCUCUCUCUCUCUCUCUCUCUCUCUCUCUCUCUCUCUCUCUCUCUCUCUCUCUCUCUCUCUCUCUCUCUGGGAGCAGAAGGGCUUAUGAUACAGUUAUGCAAUGACUGUUGGAGAUACAUUUUUUUUUAAUAUUUUACAAGGUUGAGUGUAUUAGGUAUUGAUAGAAUAAACUUCAGAAUAACCAGCACAAAUUUACCUUCAAUCAAGAUCACAGUUUAUUGAGGCCAUUGGUUGCAUCCAUGACUAAUAUUUCAUCCACUGUGAGCAUUAAUAAUCAUAUCACUAUUAAAUAAGAUAGUUUGUAGAUUUGCUCCCAAUUACUGCUGACCGGUCAUAACAAAUACUUAGUUUUCUUAAUUGAGUGACAACAGUGUUUCCUCUCUAUUGAUCUUAGUUACUGUAGCAUCAAUGAAUAGUAAUUAGUAAGCAUGAGAGGCUAAUUACUUUAGAAUGUGUGAAGGACUGAAGGCAUAAGUUUUAGCAACCAGUGGUCAUACUGGUGCUGUAAUCCUUUUAUGCUUAGUAGUGGGUGCUCAUCAAAUAGUAGUCAAUAUAGAUUCAUUUGUUUAUUACUCACAUUUGUGUGUUUAUAUAAUACUGAGAGUGAAUGGCCUCUGUAAAGGCUCCACAAGAACUCUCUCCAGUACUUAUGUUGUCAGUGGCUUCCUUUUCUCCCUGUAGAAUUAUAUGCCUCAGGUUUUCAGCUUCUUUUAAAGCAUGAGCAUAAAGAUAGCAACCUUAUCUGUGCUGUUUCUCUGGAGAGGUGGUGGUCAAGCAUACUGUGCAGGAGGCCUUAGGGGCAUGGUAUUGAGAGUCUUGUGCUCCAGAGGUCCAAAGAUAUUGUUUAAGGUUGCAUACUUAUUACUCUGUAGUUUCUUCUGGCAGUAGUGCAUAUGAGUAAUGAUAUAGGAACUGAUGUGAGUGUGCAUUUGUAUUACUGUUCUCUUUUUAUUGAUACACAAACAGGUGCUUGAAUAAGUGAGAAAUGGGUAUGUAUUAUGCUUUCUGAUCACUGGCACUGUGCAAGACUGUGUACCUCAAGGACGUGGUAAUGGUGUGUGUGUGUGUGUGUGUGUGUGUGUGUGUGUGUGUGUGUGUGUGUGUGUGUGUGUGUGUGUGUGUGUUAGGAACUGUUAUUUAGUGACAUAUGUACUUGUGUACUUUUAUAUCUUUUAUGGUGUGUGAUAUCCUAUGUAAUGUUGGGUGGAUACUGAAGACAUGUGAUUGAAGCAAUGAGUCCUUUUAUGCAGGAUCUGUUUUUAUGCAGCCAUUUCAAGAGUUUGUGUUUGGAAGAUAAUGUUGAGCCUCAUCACUAUGUUAUUGUAUGAAUUUUUAUUAUUGAUAUAAUUAUUAUUAUUAUUAUUAUUAUUAUUAUUAUUAUUAUUAUUAUUAUUAUUGUUGUUAUUCUUAUUGCUAUUGUUAUUAUUACUACUAUUAUUAUUUUGAUCAUUAUCAUUAAUGUGUUUGCAAUUUUCUCUUGUAUUUUGAAGUUGUUAGAAAGAUGAAGAUUUGUGUUACUGAACCAUUAAACAUAAAAUUUAUCAUGGUGCUUAGUGGUUUGGCUUCUAGGCUAGAGGACAGGUGCUGUGUGUGUGUGUGUGUGUGUGUGUGUGUGUGUGUGUGUGUGUGUGUGUGUGUGUGUGUGUGUGUGUGUAUACAAAAGAGACAGGUAAGGAUGAGCAGUGACCAGUCAUCUUAAGAGGCACAAAAUGUGUCUCAAGAAUAGAGUAAGAGAUCUCAGGCUUUUUCUUUUUUUUUUUUUACUUUUGUUUAGUGUGCAGCUUGCAACAGUUGGGUCUUCAGCAGUGCAGUUGGUGGUGGAUUUUAUUUGUUUUACCUGAUGAAUUUCCAGUAGCUGGCUGGUAACAGCUGAAAGAUUUAGUUAAACACAAUUUUCUCAGUUUUGUAUUUUAUCUGUUUCAUAAAGGUUUUAUAGGCUACAUGUUCAUUGUUAUGGUCAAGGUGAUUAUAAGUUUGUUAUUUUUUUAUGCAUUGUUUAUUUGUUGAGUGCUAGGCACAUCCUGGUAAUCACAAAGCGUCCUGAAGGACACUGCAUUAGUGUCAUGGAUCUCAUCACAUAGGGGUAUUUAUUGCAGCAUUGAAUGCCAAGAGUCUGAGGCUGCUGCAGAGUCUUGGAUGACCAUUUUGUUUUGUUAUAAAUCAAGUGUGUGUGUUGAGGCAGAGUCUCCUGCUCAUCCUUGAGGAUUGCAUGCGUUAAUGACAAUACGAGAGCCUUUGUGUGUGCUGUGAGUGCAGUGUGAGGUGCUGCCAGCUGAGCAGCAUGAUCGAGGCAGAGGGUCUCCACAUUUCAUGGUAUAUGUGACUCCGCCAUGAACAUGAUUAUCUUUGCCAUUAAUAUUGUUAUAUGUGAAUAUACCAUUGUUAUAAUUUCAUGUACAUGCCAAUAAAAAUAUAUGCCUA